AUGGCAUCCAGUCAGCUGCACCAACGUGAAAGAACAUCGUUGUUUGACCAACCGCAACGAGUCUCAUCUCCAUAUGACAAACAAACGAAAGCAGACUAUAACGAGUCUGAACUAUCACAUUUAGAGUCGCAGAAUGACGACGAAAUGGGUGUCAUGUCCACCAAAAUACAGCAGUUGAAAGGUUUAAGUCUAAGAAUGGGUGAAGAAAUCAGAGGUUCUAACAAAACACUUGAGGAAUUGGGUAAUUCAUUUGAUCAGUUGGGUACUAGAUUGAAAAACACAUUCAAUAGAAUGCUGGUGAUGGCUAAAAGAUCGGGAAUCAGCAUCAAGACAUGGUUCUUCCUGUUUGUCUUUGUCAUAUUAUUUUUCUUCUGGGUUUGGAUACACUAA